AUGUCAGAAGAUUGCUCCUCCUCUGAAGAAACGAACACCCCUACCACCUCCAUAUCACAAGACACCUUCACCACAGAAACUACCACGAUCACCACCUUAGCCUUCAACAUACCCCCUGAAACCCCAUCAUCAAGUUCCUCCUUCAGCACCCAUUUAGCCAUUCAAUCCCUUUCUUCCAUUCUAACCACAGUUUCUCCCUCUCUCCUCUCUCAAGAUCAAGACCCUGCCUUCUACCUCCUUCACAACCCUGAUAUCUCCUCUCAAGUCUCAUCACUCCUCCGUCUCCCCGACUCUGGUGCGGGCGACAACAACCUCUGUCGUUGGUUCUAUGACACGUUCCAAUCCUCAGAACCCCAACUACAGCUCGUAGUCUUACGUUUCCUUCCCAUUAUUGCUGGCCUUUAUCUCUCUCGUGUUGCCCUAAAAAAACCCUUGGCUGGUUUUGAGGCAGUUUUGUUAGCCAUUUAUGCACACGAAACUACCUCACGUGCAGGCCAAGCUAUGACUGUUAACGUGCCUGAUUUGUCACAUCCAAGUAUAUACCAUGAAUCAAAAAAUCCUGCAAAGGAUAAUAAUGCUGCAGAUUUAAACCUAGCUGUGAUAUCUCCAAGUUUGGAGCCUCAUGGGACUGUGAGAUCAACAAGAAGGGCAAGAAUUGUUGGGGUUGCAUUAGAGUUGUAUUAUAGUAAGAUGUCUCUUAUGCCUGUUGGUUCUAAGAUUGAUUUUUGUGAGUUUUGUAAGGUUUGGUCUGGUCAAGACGGUGAUGAGUACAAAGAUGGUGAGCUUCAAGACGAUCAAGGAAAUGUUGGGAAGGAAAGUGUCAUUAAGGAAGGGAGGAUUGCUUUGCCAUGGGAACUUCUGCAACCUAUUUUGAGGAUAUUAGGGCAUUGCCUUUUGGGUCCUAACAAGGAUAAAGAAUUGAUAGGUUCGGCUUCUGCAGCAUGCAGAAGUUUGUAUUCAAGGUCUUUGCACGAUAUCAAUACACAGGCAAUUUUGGCUACUAGGAGUCUUCUUAGGCUCAGUAAGAUGACCUUGGAUCCAAAGAACAAUGUUGAUCAUACUGAGAUACCAAUGACUGAUGUCAUCUCACUCUAA